AUGGGCGACGUUUAACUCGGAUCGGGAAAAUGCCGCCCCGCCGAUCUAUACGACGCCAGGAAGAGCUCACCAUGCUCGAUGAAUCGAUCGAAUGUUACUUAUGCUGUGUCUGUCUUCCUACUUCUUGAUUAACGAGUCGGUCUGUGGGGCUACAGAAAAACGUCGGCAUUCACACCCUGAAGUCGACGGUGUUGCGCCAAAGGAGUCUGCUUUGGUUGUUCGGAUGUCAGCACUGCCGCCCUACAAGCCUUUCACUCUAAGGUGUGUCCACCCGCCUCGCCAACAAAGGAAACAAAAGCACAAAAGGCACAAAAGCGAACAUAAAGGAAUGAAAGGAAGAACUGAAGAUUGUUCUGUCGCAAUACUAGGAGCAGCGCCUUGUUCUUUGACUUGUCCAUUACAAAGAUGCUGUUCUUUCUCUGUCUUGGUCACUGUUCACUGUUCACUGUUCUCAACUGCUUUGUCAAUGUCCAAAGAUGCGAGAUGGUCUCGAUGACCUCGAAACCAGAACAAACGCCAUACACAGUUCCAAUCUAAUAUGAAUAUAUGAUGACCCGGAACAAUUAUCGAGUGUUGUCUGUGUCUCAUCCCUCAGUGCAUUCUUCUCUUUACUUUAACUCCAGUUCAGGUU